AUGCACACUGCAUUUACAAACAUUUGUGAAAGAAUGUGCAAUCCAGUCCAUCCGUGAAAUUUCCUUGCUGCUAAAUAUGCCAUGGUCAACUGUUAGUGGUAUUAUAACAAAGUGGAAACAACUGGGAACAACAGCAACUCAGCCACGAAGUGGUAGGCCACAUAAAAUGACAGAGCGGGGUCAACACAUGCUGAAGCGCACAGUGCGCAGAAGUUGCCAACUCUCUGCACAGUCAAUAGCUAAAGACCUCCAAACUUCAUGUGGUCUUCAGCACAACAACAGAGUGUAGAGAGCUUCAUGGAAUGGGUUUCCAUGGCUGAGCAGCUGCAUCAAAGCCUUUCAUCACCAAGUGCAAUGCAAAGCGUCGGAUGCAGUGGUGAAAAGCAUGCCACCACUGGACUUUAG